AUGUCCUCACCUGCAUCGGAGCCGGUAGUGGAGUCAGCCGUCACUGUCAUCAUCGCUGACCUCCUCAUCCCGGGCCGCGGCUCUCCCGCCAGAAAUGCUGCCGUUGCUUUGGAGGACGGCAAGAUCGCCCAUGUCGGCGAGCAUGACGAGCUCCCCGAAAAGUUCCGCGCAGUCAGGGCGGUCCACGUCCCAGUUCUCAUGCCCGGCCUCUGGGAUGUGCACACCCACUUCAUCGGACUCGACGUGGUGACUGGCUUCGAUACCGGUCUCUUUAACGUCCUGCCGGGGUCCAAUGCCCUUGUUGGCGCCAUCACCGUCGAAGACCUGGAAGAAACGCUGAUGGCAGGAUACACCUCUGUUCGAGAGCUUGGCGGGUACGCUGGCGACCUGGUCCCCGCCAUUGAGAAAGGACGCCUCAUAGGGCCGAACGUGUAUUCGUCGAUCGCUGCCAUGUCCAUCACCGGAGGACACGGAGACCAGCACUCUCUCCCUAUCGAGUCGAUGCUGAGAUUUGCCGAAUGUGGCGGCCCCUGCUCCAUCGUCGACGGCGCAGACGACUGCACCAAGACCGUGAGGCUACUGGUCCGCCGAGGAGCGCGCUGCAUCAAGGUCUGCUCCAGCGGCGGCGUCCUGAGUCUCUUGGACGAUCCAGAGGAUAGACAGUUCUCGGACGAGGAGCUCAAGGCCAUCGUCGAAGAGGCGAGCCGCAGCCGACGCGCUGUUGGCGCUCAUGCCAUCGGGAAGGCUGGUAUCAUGGCCGCCCUCAAGGCCGGCGUCAAGAGCAUCGAGCACGGCAUGUACCUCGACGACGAGGUUGCCGAUCUAAUGAUUGAGAAGGGGGCCAUUUUCGUCCCUACCCACCAUAUUGUGACCACCAUAAGCAAGGAUACGUCGCAGCUACCGCCCCCUAUCGCGCGCAAGGUCGAGAAGCUCGUCCAAAAGGCCAAGGACUCGUAUAGGUUGGCCAUCAGGAGAGGCGUCAAGAUCGCUCUUGGCACGGACAGCGCCAGUAGCGACCGCACAAAGGGCAUCUCACACGGUAACAACGCCAUAGAGCUGUACUGGGCGGUGGAGAACGGCAUGACGCCGCUGCAGGCCAUCGAGGCGGGCACCGCGAAUGGGCCGGGUGUUCUCGGCGGGAUGGCGCCUCUGAGCGGCCAACUCAAGGAGGGAUAUGAUGCGGACUUGAUCGCUGUCGCAAAGAACCCCCUCAAUGACAUCGAGGUUCUGGUGAAGAAGGAGAACAUUACCCAUGUCUGGAAAGGGGGCAGGUUAUUCAAGUCUCCCCCAGGGCACAUGCCGGCGGUUGUGCUUUGA